AAAUCCCAGGCUAUGGAAAAAGAGAGAAACAUUGAAGAUGAAAGAUGCCGCUUGAACCGAACAGUCUUCAAUAACACAGCGCACAUUGACGAGUUGUUGGUAAUGAAAACCGUCCAAAUAGCGAGUCGGCAUGUACGGCGGAAUAUGGGCUCAAAAGUUCGACUAUUCUCCUCCAGAAAUCACUCCGAAUUCAAGUCAAAAACCCUAAAUGCCGACUCGGUAUUUGGCUGGUUUUCAUUACCAACAACUCGUCAAUGUACGCAGUGUAAGGUCUUGUCCUCUGGGCCGAUACCACAAGAUUCGGCCAUAAUGCCA